UCCAGAGAAGCCGCAGACUGGGGAGGUUUAGCUAAUGUCCCUGGGUGUUGCAUGCUUCUUGGCAUCCUCGAGCAGAAGCCGCAAUUCAGAAGGGGGUGAGGAGCCAGCCGCCCGCCCGCCCGCCAGCGGCCACAGCAGCAAAAGAAGCACGCAGCACUGCAGGCGGCGGUUCAUGCCCAGAACUUCCCAACCGCGCAGCAUCAGAAGGGCUCCGGAGAGGGGCACCGGCUCGGCUCCGACCCUCCGCUAAACUCGCACCCCACAGCCGACCUUUCACCCGCCGCAGCGGCGCGGAGCCUUCAGAUGAAACGACGCGGCUAUGGCAGAUCCGAGGCAACCACCGCCCGGUCACGAGGGAAGGAGCCAGCAGGGCGAGGAGGCUGAAGGCCACGAAGAAGACUCCGCCGAGGCGGCCUCGCGGAGCGCCGUCGCCUCCUGCCUCGCCUUAGCGGCGGAAGAGCGCGAAUGCCGGAUCUGCUACAACCCCUUUGACGCCGAGGCCCGCGCGCCCAAGCUCCUGGCGUGCCUGCACACCUUUUGCCUGGACUGCCUGGUGCAGAUGCAUCGCCACCAAACCCAGAGCGGCGGCGGCGGCGGAGGCGCGGGGAGGGGCGCGGCAGCGGAGCGCGGCGGCCCAGGCGACGCCAUCACGUGCGCGUUGUGUCGGCACCGCACGGCCCUGCCGAAGGGACACGUGCACGACCUGCCGCUGAACACCAAGCUCAUCCCGCCACCGCCGCCGCCGCCGCCGCCUCCGGACCGCUUGCAGCUCCUGCCCCUCUCGUGGGCGCCUCGGCCUACGUUUCAGCGCCCCCUGCCGGAGCAGGGCGGAAAUGGCGCGCUUUCUCCCGAGGCUGCUGAGGCGAGCGGCGGCUGCAAUGAAACCGGCUGGAGCCGGAGGCAGGAGAUGCGGACCGUGCGCUGCGUGUGCAUCGUCUUUACCUUCUUCUCCAUGAUGGUCGUCUCUAUCACCGGGCCCCUCUUCCUCAACUACAGUGGUUGGGUGGAGCUCUUCAUGGUGUCGCUCUUCCUCGUGGUUGCCAUCGUCCUGGCCCUCCUCUCCGUCAUGCCUUACCUCCUCCACAGCCGCGGAUACCGGACUGUGGCCGCGGCCUUGCUCGCGGGAGAAGGAGCGAGCGUCCCCCGAGGGGCGGCGCUCGGCCGGAUGCCGAUCUCCAGCCAUUCGUAGGCAGCUCUUUGCCCGACCGCUAGGCCGAGAUCAGGUUCCUUUCCUGAGAAUUCGGCAGCUGUUAAAAGCAAACAGAGCCUGGCCAGAA